AUGGAGAAAAGGGGUCAGAAUGCCGCUAUGAAGAAAUCUAAAGCAGCUAAGGUCAAAGACCCCGCCGAUCCUGUCAAGAACUUUGAGAAAUGGAAGAAAAAGUACAACAGGAAAAAAGCACAGGUGAAGCGAGAGAGGUUUCAGACUAAGAAGAAGCCUGAGUGGCUCGUUGAACGGGAGUACAUCGCCGGGCUCGUCAGCAGGUACAGUGAUAUCAACGCCAAAGAAGCAGUGAAGUUUUCAGACUUCCCUCUCUCAAAGAAGACAUUGUUAGGUUUACAGGAGGCUCAAUACCGACAGCCCACCGAGAUUCAGAGACAGACCAUCGGCUCAGCUUUAAGAGGCAAAGAUGUCCUCGGAGCGGCUAAGACGGGCUCUGGGAAGACUUUAGCGUUUCUUAUACCAGUGCUGGAGUGUCUCUACCGCCAACAGUGGAGCUCCAUGGAUGGCCUUGGUGCACUUAUUAUUUCCCCCACCAGGGAGCUCGCCUACCAGACCUUUGAGGUCCUCCGUAAAGUGGGCAAAAACCACGACUUCUCUGCGGGGCUGGUUAUCGGCGGAAAGGACCUGAAAAACGAGUCUGAGAGGAUCCACCGCACUAACAUCGUCAUCUGCACCCCUGGCAGGCUGCUCCAACAUAUGGACCAAACAGCCACCUUCCACGCCUCCAGCCUUCACAUGCUGGUCCUGGACGAGGCGGACCGGAUCCUAGACAUGGGCUUCGCGGAUACACUGAACGCCAUCGUGGAGAAUCUCCCCAAGUCACGACAGACGCUGCUGUUCUCUGCCACUCAGACAAAGUCCGUCAAAGACCUGGCCCGACUCAGCCUCAAAGACCCAGAGUAUGUCUGGGUUCACGAGAAGGCAAAGUUCAGUACACCAGCCACGCUUGAGCAGAACUAUGUGGUGUGUGAUCUGGCCCAGAAGGUCAACAUGCUCUACUCAUUCAUCAGGAGCCAUCUCCAAAAGAAGAUCAUUGUCUUCUUUGCCUGCUGCAAGGAGGUUCAGUACUUAUUUCGGGCCUUCUGUCGCCUCAGACCCGGUAUGCCCAUCCUUGCUUUACAUGGCAAACAGCAGCAGAUGAAGAGAGUAGAGGUCUAUAGGGACUUCCUUAAAAAGCAGAAUGCAGUACUCUUUGCCACUGACAUAGCUGCAAGAGGCCUCGACUUCCCCGCUGUUAACUGGGUCCUGCAGUUUGACUGUCCAGAGGAUGCAGAUACCUACAUCCACAGGGUGGGGCGGACUGCCAGGUACAAGGAGGGUGGAGAGGCCCUGUUGCUGCUGGUUCCCUCAGAAGAGAAAGGCAUGAUCAAACAGCUGCAGGAGAAAAAGGUUCCCAUCAAUAAAAUCCAGGUGAGAACUCACAGGCCCACAGUGUCACAAUAAUAUACACUCAGCAGACAGUAAAACAAGGUGUGUCUGAAUGUAUUCUCACAGUGUGUGGUCAGCGCUCAGUAAAUAACAGGCUCUCUCCCCUAUCCCACUGAAUGAGAAAGAUUUACACACCACCAGUUAUUGAUAAAAAAAUGUAAUGAAACAACAGUCCCCUUCUUAGAUUGUCAUACAGCUUGAGUGCAGCUGUUAUCUCUUAAAAAGAAUGACUUUGUUAUUCAUCUUGACAUGGAUAUUGUGCUUAAGUUAAACUCAAUGAUUUGUAUUGUCGCAUCAUUUUUCACAAAUACCAUCCUUACAAUCUUUUCAAACACUUCCCUCUUUCUUUGGACAGAGUUUUUGUCCUUUAUCAGCUGUGCUGCUGUAAUGUCAUGUGCAAUGUUAGUCUGUGCAUCCGCCUGACUGUUUUAUUUAAAACUCUAUUGUUAAAUAACAUGUCAAAGUACAACUUUGAAUUAAUAAAUGCUGCAUAGAAAUAUCAGUAGCAUUACAGUGCCAUGGAGAAUAGUUCACAGAGAUUAAAAUUCAUUUUCACAGAACAAAAUGUUAUGACCAGGCCUUGUGUCACAGCUGUCUUUUGUCUUCAGUAUAUGUUAAAAACUGCAUGUGCAUGGUGUGUACAUUAUUAUCAAGUCUGAAUCUGAUGAGUUAAAUUGAUAAACGUUUAAAGUUUUAGGCAAUAGCUAAAAUAACUUAAUCUUAAAGGUCCAAUUUAAGAAGACAAAUCAAUAAGGUGUUCAGAGUAUGUGAGUAUGACAAUAUAGGACUGUGGUAUUACCUCUGCAGUCAUCAGGACAUCUUUGUAAUUCAAAUGUAAAAACUUUGGUGUUAACAGUAAGAGGCUGUAGACAACAGACAUCUUUAUCAGCUGCGCUAUUCUGUUGAUUGCAGGUGAAUGCAGACAAAGUGCAGAGUGUGCAGCAGAAGCUGGAGGCCUUCCUGGCCCAGGAAAAGGAGCAGAAGGAGAGAGCUCAGAGGUGCUUUGUCUCCUACUUGCGCUCUGUUUACCUGAUGAAGAACAGAGAAGUUUUUGAUGUCUUCAAACUUCAGAUCAAGGAAUACGCACUUUCUCUUGGCCUGGCUGUUGCUCCAAGAGUGCGCUUCUUAAGUAAAGCUCAGGCACAAAUGGCUGUAAAAGAAGGACAGAGAGAGGAAGAGCUGUCUGAAGAAGAAGAAGAGCAGAGGAGUUUGAAGGCUAAGCUGAAUCCUCAUGAGGACACUCGGAGUUCAGAGUCAGAAGAUUCAAGUGACGGUGAAGAAAGUGAUCAGGAUCAGGAGUCACGUCAGUCGCCUGUAAUGGGAGCAGGUAACAGUGAUGACGAUGAUGAUCUAAGAGACUUUGACUUGCUUACAGUCAAAAGGAAAGAUGUCUUCAAUCUGACUGAGAAUGAAGAGAGUUCAGAGCCUGUCCAGGUCUCACAAAAGAAAACUGAAAAAGAGACAAAAUUUACAGAUGUCAAAAGAGUCCUCAAGAGAAAGUUUCAAGUCAACACCAAAGUGACAUUCAAUGAAGAAGGAGAGGCUGUACAACUGUGGCCACCGGUCCAAAGGACAGUGACUUGUGAAGAUGAAGAGGAGCUGGAGGAGGUUUCGGGUAUCAAUGUGGAGAAGGCCAAGGAGAGGUUGAAACGUGAGGACCAGGAGUUUGACAAGCAGGAGUACAGCCGCAAAGUGAAAGCCAAACACAGAGAAAAGAGACUGAAGGCAAAGGCAGCCAAGAGGGCAGCGAGCAAGCAGCAUGAAAGGAAAUCAGAUGAAGAGGAGGAGGAGGAUGAGGUGCUGGCUUACCUGGCCAACCACAGUGAAGAUGAGUUUGAUCCCAGCACAUUGCCAGACCCUGAUGCACAACACUCAGAUGAAGAGGAGGAUCAGCCAAGGCCAGCUAAACGCCACCAUGACAGUGGGAACAGUGACAAUGAAGAGGAGGAGCUCACUGUGGGGAAGAAGAAAAGGGUGAGGCAAGGAGAUGAUGAGCACAGAGUCCUGGACACUGGGCUGUCUUUGGCUGAAGAUGAAGAGUUAGUUUUACACUUGCUGGAAGGACGGAUGUAAAGCAUGAUUAUGUGUGUGUGUGUGUGUGUGUGUGUGUGUGCGUGCGUGCGUGCGCGCUUGUGUGUGUGUGUGUGUGUGGGGGGGGGGGGGGGGUGUCACACAAGCUGACUAAUUAUUCGUGACAAUGCCGAGUAAAAUGCGAAAAGGGACACAACAUGUAAAUGAUGCAUUUUUGGUUCCCAGGACAUUUAUACAGAAAAGAAGCAUAAUGAUUUAUUGUUGAAGUUCCUGCUCAUUGUUCUCAUUGUAAUUGUAAGAUAGUCCUUGUGAAAUACGAAUAAAAACUACCCCAAACUCUUUAAUACAACAUUUUACUAAUAAUUAAAUAAAAUCCUUCACUAUUAAUUUUUUUUGUUUUCUGUUUUGUUUUAAAUAUGUGUUUGUAAGAACUCUCACACACACAAACACUUAUGAACACACACAUUUCUAUUUCCAAGUUUACAUUCUUAUAGACAAAUAGUUACAUUUCAAAUUUAAAGAUAGAUUAAAAAAAAGAAAAAGAUAGUUGAAAACUUGUAAGUCUCAUUUUAAAAUGACUUAAUAUUGAUGAAAAGCACAGUUGCCAUUAUUUCAUAAACUGUUGAGGAGGGAAUGAAGAGAAAAGUUGAUUUGCUUUUUCAAAAUGCACAUAAAUGUUAGCAACAGGGCCAUGAAAAGUGUGAAAUAAAAACAAAGAAGGUUCGAGAUUUUCUUUAAGUAGUGCCCCAGAAGAUCACUUAUGAAGAGUUACAUCAAGCAAAGGGCACCUGUUUGGGUGAAUGCAUGUUCGACCACAGGGGUCAGUGCGAAGGUCAGCCAUGGCAUGUCCUUCCUGACACUUUGAUCAUCCAGAGCAGUUAGGAUCAGCUCAUGACGAAAUAUUCCAAGAUUCAUAAAAAUGAAUCUAUUUAUCAUUUCGCAACAGGAUUCAUCACGACCAUCAACCACAGCCAGCAGUUUGUCCAGCAGAUGGCAGUAAAGUGACUGAUAAAUAAAACGCAGCCAUGGGUCUGUUCCAUACAGUCUAUGGUCUGUUCCAAUUGUCCUUUUUAGGUUCAGAUAGCUCCAAUAACCAGAGGACUACAAAAUAUAUUUAUAGAACAAACAGGAACUGAUUUCACGACGGAAAUGCAGUCAAAUAAAGGAUUAAAGUCACUUAUAUGAAACAUUUAGGUGUUUUCACUCUGUCUCAUUACCUGUAAACACCUGUAGGUGUCACACUUAUCACUGAAUUCUCACGUUAUGUAUAGUGAUGGUAAGGGUUUACUGUCCAUCUGUAGUAGAUUUUGUUUUUUACUCAGUAUGUUUACUUGAUAUCAGGGACAUUCGCGGAGUUUGAGAGCAGUCAGAUAAUCUUCCUUAACUCCUAUUUCACACAUUUUACUACUGGGUUAGGGAGAAGAGGAUAGGAAAAGGACUUAGGAGGGUUUUUUUUUUUUUUAUUUUUUAUUUAUUUAUUUUUUUUUGGGGGGGGGGGGGGGUACCCUAUGCCUGUCGACCACAUCCAAAGCUGCCAGGUUCUUUUGAACUUCAAUUCUUGACCCCAACAGUCUGUCUUAAUCACAUUUGUCAUGAAAUAAUAUUUAUUGAUGCUUUCAUUGGAACAUGUUAUAUUUCUCAAUUUUCAUAAUUUUAAAUAUAAUAAAAAAUCUUUAUUUGAACUAAGUCCAUACUCGAGGUAAUCAAUUUGUCAAUUAAGAGACAUAGUUAAUUGUAUCAGCUAGCCAGUUAUUUCUGAACUUGAAUUCAUUAUUAGGGACAGCAUGUCUUGGAGUCAUUCUUUCCAAUUGUGCUGUUUCUGUCCCAGGAAAUGUUGUUUCAUGCAGUUAAAUGUCUGUUAUUGAGGCAAAGUGUUCUGCACGUCCGUCUAAUGUAAAUAUAAGAUAUUUAAUUUAUGUAAUAAUAAUAAUAGUAAUAAUAAUAAUAAAAUAAUAAUAAUAAUAAUUAAAGUAAUAAUAUUAAUGAUAUAACAACAACAACAACAACAAUAAUAAUAAUAAUAAUAAUAAUAAUAAUAAUUAUUAUUAUUAUUAUUAUUAUUAUUAUUAUUAUUAUUAUUAUUUAAACCAGCGUCUUUGAGUUUGUGAAAAGCGCUUUACAAAUAAAAUGUAUUAUUAUUAUCAUUAUCAUUAUCAUUAUUAUUAUUAUUAUUAAUAAUAAUAAACCUCAUCGAAUGUUUCAGUAACUGCACUGUGCACCAAUCUUUAAAUCUUGCAAAAUAAUUAAUAGGCUUAAUAUAUAAAGAAAUGGAUGAAUGAAAAGGUAGAUAAAUAAAUAGGAAAUAAAAUAUAUUACGUAUGUUCAGGGGUUCACUAACUAUAUGAUAUUGCUUCUACCACGCCCACACUUUCACUCUUUCACCGCAUGUUAGUCUCACACAAUUGUAGUUACCGAUCAGCCUGACAGCAAACAUCUCCUCACUGUUUUGUAGAUAUGGCCUAGAACAUUUUCUUAGUGCAGGCCUACUUACAAUGCUGUGCAUUGAAUACAUAAAGCAGCCCACCUGUGUGCCAUUAACAGGUGGGACACUCCUUUCGAGUUGACCUUGUCAGUACAUCUCCUUGUACGUCCUAAAUGACAGAUUUCAAUCCACUAAUUCACUGACUAACCCAUUCUUUGUCCGGUCAUAGCGGAGCUUCCUGUUCACGGUGCGCGGACUUUCACUGAGUACCGCAAACGCAGCACGGGCCCUGUCUCACAGCACGUGCCCACUACCCCACGCUACCCUGUGGACAGGUGCUGCAGGUGAGUCAGUUUGUGUGUGUGUGCAUUUCUCCUUGAGUCAACUUUAUGGAUGAGGCUUAGUCAGGAUGAGGAUGUAAACAUUUGCAGACGCAACUCUAACGGAGGUUUAAUUCAGAAAUGGUUUGCAGAGUUUCCUUCUCGUUAGCCUACUAUCUUCACGACAUUGCAACCAGGCGGGAACACUAGCUAUUGAGUUGAGUCGGCAAACUGAAUGUUGAACAGUCUUGUUUUUUUGUUUUUUUUUUAAUCAUUGAAACAAAUCAAAAUUGUGGUCUAGAAAUGGGGUACAACAUGCUAACUGUAACCACUAGUUGUACUACUUCGGGGGUCUUUUAUGGAUUAUUUAUUAGUGGCGAUUUUUCACAGAGAAAAACUAAUCACUGACGCUGUUGGUGGGUGUGUGUCUGUCUCUGUCUCUGUCUCUCUCUCUGUGUGUCUUUCUUUCUCCUCUCCUUCCCUCUAGAAGUAAUUAUGGCCACAAAAAAGUCGGAUGUUAAUGAUCAGAGGUCGGAGUCCUGUGUGUCAUCUUUGGGAGGUGGAAACACACCGAUGCAAGUCCAGACUUUACAGGUCUCAGCAAAAUGUGGAUCUGUCACUGGCAUGUAUCCACCCACCGCUUCACCUGUCCCGGGGGUAAACACAGCUUCUGCCCCACCUAAAGUCAUCCCUGCUGGCCGGGGCUACCAGAACAUCUCUAUAGUCUCAGCCCCAGAGCUUCAGCCUUCUUCAUCUGUCACAGUUCUAGCAAAGGUGGCCACUGCACGGGGAGCAGUUGCUAACAACACACCACAGGUCUUAAAAGCAGCUGUGAGCUCAGGGACAUUGAACCAAGCCACAAACCCGGGAAGGAGAGUGUUAAUAAUACCACGGGCAUCACCUCCACAGCUAGUCAACACGUUCCCUCGACUGCCUCAGGUGGCUUCCCCUCUCCUCACAGGAAAGAUCCAGAUACCACCAGGUGAGCUCCACUACACUGCAGUUUUGCAACAUUGUCCAGCUUGGUCGUGUGUCUUUAGUAUUUGUAAUAUCUUCAGAUUUGUUUGCUGUUGCAUUAGCAAAACUUCUUGCAUUCAUCUCUGACUUUAACUGUGACAUUGAUCAAAAACUUCAAACUCACCCUUUGUCUUUUAGCAAAAACUUACUCAAUCUAGACCUCACUGGAUAACCUCAGACACAGCCACAGGACAUCAACUGCAUUAUGUCGUCACAACUCAUAGGGUUUUAGGAAAUGACAAGUUUUGGAUAAGGUCUCUGCUGGAGAAGCUACACUGUUUGCAGAGUAUACAAAUGAAACUGCAUCUCUCACACCGUGCCUACCUGUUGUAUUAUUUUGUGAAAACUCUGACAACUGAGGGAAAGAUUCUCAGAAUUUCAUUACCAAGGUCUUUAACUUUCUGUGAGAUACUUCAGCUGUGCUCUGAAAAUCUAUGGCCUCUGAUUGGGACAAGUGUUCAGUUUUAAUUGAGUGUAUUUUCUUUGUAAGUUAUUAUGUUGUUGACAGUUAUACUAUCUUAACAUAACUUUUUUUUUUAAAAACUUGAAUGAAUAUUGUUUAGUCUUCACAAGCCCUUUUCCAUCAGCAUGUUGCAAAACUAGAACUUUCACACUCAUAAAUACUCUUCCUAAAAUGUGUUUCUGCUAAAGCUGUCGAAAGCCAAACCCAAAUAUGAGAACUCAAGGGCCAUAAAGGAAGAUAAGAUCUGAACCAAAGUCUGAAUUACAUUUGUAAGUUCCGGAUACAUUGAUUAAAAAAAAAAUAGUGUUGAUUCUUAAGUUAAGACUAAAUAACUGCAAAUUGUUUAUUCUUACCUUUCUCUUUUUUGAUUCACACAUAUAAAGUCAAGUUAGUUUGAUUGGCCUGAGAAUCUCUUAUUCAUCAGUCUUAUUUUGGGAAACUAAUUCGACUCAUAUUGAAGGUUUUUUUUUUCUUCCAUGGAAAUUUGUAAAUGUUUCUAACACUUGCAUUUUAUGGGAUGUUCGUGUCCCCUUCUUUGGAAUAAAGGAUAGCUCUGUGUUUCCCUAGCUAAAGGAGAUACUGAAGGAAAAAAUGAAGGUUUGCAUAUUAGAAACCAAACAUCUAAACUCUAAAACCUAUCCUACAUAAAUAAAUGAAGAGCUCAAAAACAUCCAAUUUUGUCCAAAGUGCUUUGCAGAGUAAAAGUAGCAACAAAAACAGUGCAUUGAAUCAGUUUUCUCAAACAUUCAGACUUGUUGAAAUAACAGUGGUCUAAUCUGUAGGGGGAGGUCCAAGGAAGAAGGUCUUUGGACAGAAGUUAAACCAUUUAGGGGUGGGGAAGGAUCUUAUUUGGAGUGGUAAACUUCUACAGGUUAGGGACAACCAAAGGCUCAAACAGCCUGAUAUUCAGGCAAGUGAUUCUGAGAUUUUAAGAGUGUGAUGUAUCCUUUUGAUGUAUCCCCCCCCCCCGGACCCCUACCAGUUUGCAUAUCGGUCCAACCGCUCGACCGAAGAUGCCGUCGCCGUUGCCAUCCACUCUGCACUCACCCACUCGGACAACAAAGACCCACACGUCAGAAUGCUGUUCAUCGACUUCAGUUCAGCAUUCAACACGAUCAUCCCCCAGUAGCUCAUCUUCAAAUUAGACCGGUUGGGACUCAACACCUCCCUGUGCAACUGGCUGCUGGACUUCCUGAUGAGGAGACCACAGGCAGUUCGGGUCGGCAACAACACCUCCAGCACCAUCACUCUGAACACAGGGGCUCCCCAAGGAUGUGUGCUGAGCCCCCUCCUCUUCACCCUGCUGACCCAUGACUGCACACCUACAUACAGCGCAAACCUCUUCAUCAAGUUUGCGGACGACACAACUGUGGUAGGUCUCAUCAACAACAACGACGAGACAAACUACAGGAGUGAGGUGAGCCGCUUGGCCAUGUGGUGCAAGGACAACAAUCUCCUCCUGAAUGUGGAGAAGACCAAAGAGAUUCAAGUGGACUUCAAGAGAGAGCAGGCUCAGCAUGCUCCACUAACCAUCGAUGGUACUGCAGUGGAGCGGGUGAGCAGCAUCAAGUUCCUGGGUGUACACAUCUCCCAAGACCUGUCCUGGAACACCAACACCACAUCUCUGGCCAAAAAAGCCCAUCAGCGACUCUACUUUCUUCGCAAACUAAGAAGAGCAAGAGCCCCGACCCCCAUCAUGUCGACCUUCUACAGAGGCACAAUUGAGAGUAUCUUGUUCAGCUGCAUCACCCUGUGGUAUGGCGCCUGCACCGUUUCCUGCCACAAGACCCUGCAGUGCACUGUGAGAGCAGCUGAGAGAAUCAUUGGUGUCUCUCCUCCCUCUCUACUGGACAUUUAUAACACCCGCAGAGCCAUCAGGAUUGCAGGUGACCCCACCCACCCAUCUCACAGCCUCCUCAGCCCACUGCUGUCUGGGAGGAGACUGCGGAGUCUCAGAGCCAGAACCAGCAGGCUCAAGGACAGCUUCUUCCACCAGGCAGUCAGGAUGCUCAACUCCCUCCCUGCUGUGCCCCCACUCAACCCAUCCUCUGUCCACCACUGACUCUGGGUUACAGACUCUUUUUGUACUCAAUUUGCAAUAUCCUGCACUACAUUGCACUAUUUAACAAUCCAACAAUCCACUGAAUGUUUACUGGACCACAGAAUGUCUACUUGCAUAUUGCACAUUGUACAUAUAUAUUUAUUGUAGUAUUUAGUAAUUUAGUUUACUUAUUACGUUUUUUUCUGUCUGUCGUUAUUUGCACUGCAGGUCCGAGAGGACUGUAAUUUCAUAUAUGCUGUAUGCUGUCGUAUAGCAUAUUUGUCAAUAAAACUGACUUUGACUUUGACUUUGACUUAGCUGGAAGAAGCUGGAGUUCACAGAAGAAAAGUCUGCAUGCUCAGUGUCUGCAGUUUGUCACACCAUGGUAUACUUUUGCAAUGAGUAACGUCUGUUCUCUCUAUCAUACACAGGUAUGAGGUUGGUUCGUAGUGACAGUGGUCAGCUGAUGCUGGUUUCCCAACAGGCUUUGUCACAAGCUCAACAAGGACCAAGAGGUGUUGGUAGCCAAGUAUCCAGGCUAGUGGCUCCACAGGUGUGUGUGUGUGUGUUUCAAAUUCACUUUUAACAGUGAAGUGGCUGAAUGUAGUGGCAUCUAUUUGGUACUUUAACUGUAGUUACUGUCUGUCAUAUGUGGACUUCAGGUAUCUGUGACAGUCCGUCCUACUGUCCAGCACGCAUCAGGUCAAAGAACAGCUGAAGUAAAGGUACCAGAAAGUUCUGUUGUAGCACAGUCACAAACACAGUGACUCAUGACCCAUACAAACCUUGUUUAACUCAUUCAGCAGUUACUAUCUCUAAUGCUAAAGGCCGAUCAAUCCAAACACAGUCACUUUAACAUGUAUUAAUGGAGCUAAUUGCAUUGUUUAGGUGAUUGGUAUAGCUCCCAAACCAGCUGUGGUCCAGUCUGUCAGUGCUGUGCCACAGCAGCGGAGCAGACCCCAAUUCCAUGGAGUUGUCACAGAAACCGUCAAAGAGCCACCAACCCAUUAUUCUCAGGCAAGUCCCAGGUGACCUAAGUCCUCUGAGGAUGUAACUGAAGCAACACAAGUCCAGGUGGAAACACCUACCCCAGUCACACUGUCAUGUUCUCAUCAUUAAUGCAUUACACUGGACUGCAACAUUAUUUUGGAGAGUUACUACAGUGUUAGUUAUUUGAUUUUUAGGAGUUACACAGUAUUUAAUGAAUGCAUUCACUAACAACUCGAUUAUCAAGGCUAAUGCAUGAGAGAGGAAUGAUCACAUCAACACCAAAACAUGUGGGUGUACAAGCAAGUGAAGUUCUGUAGUGUAUUUGUUAAUCAUGCUGACCACCUUUACAGCAUUAUUCUCGCUCUCACUGUGUUUGUGUUGUGAUGAGGAAUCUUAUUAUCUUAUCUUGAAGACUUAAAACAGGCAACUGGACUGUGUAGAGUUGAGAAGACGUUUCGCCUCUUAUCCAAGAAGCUUCUUCAGUUCUAAAAGUGCUAGUGUCAGGAGCAGAUAUUUAUCUUACUGGAGAAGGGGGACAGUUAACGACUGGGUGGAGUUGAAAAGAAUGAAAAGAACUCCACCCAGUCGUUAACUGUCCCCCUUCUCCAGUAAGAUAAAUAUCUGCUCCUGACACUAGCACUUUUAGAACUGAAGAAGCUUCUUGGAUAAGAGGCGAAACGACUUCUCAACUCUACACAGUCCAGUUGCCUGUUUUAAGUCUUCAAGAUAACCAUGACCUGGAUGAAUGAGAAUCUACAUGGAAAAAUCUUAUUAUCUUGUUUCAAUCCUUCCCUUUCCCAUUUGAAAACUUGUCUUGUGUUUACCAUGUUAAAAUUUGUCCCCCCCCCCCCCCCCCCCCCCCAAGGCCUUUUUUGGUUCUUUUAGAUAUGUCAGUGAAUUUUGUGUCUUUUUAAGACAAAAUCAGAUAAUAACAUUGACAACAAGGAUUCCAUAAAGUAACACAUGAACGCUGAUGUAGUAAACAAGCUCAAAAAGAGGGAAUAAAGAGGCAACAUGUGACAAAGUGACAGUGUGAACCUUUAUUGUUUCCAAAUAGGAGACCCUAGAAAAUGUGAAGAAGUGCAAGAAUUUCCUGGCAACACUGAUCAAGUUGGCGUGCAGGGCGACCACAUCCUCCAACUUGGCUGAUAAUAUCAGGAGACUAGUCAAGGGUUUGCUGGUAUGUGUCUUUUCUAUUUGCUGCUCAUCACACAUGCUAGUUUCACAUAGCAGAAGAGUUUGGACAUGUUGUCCAGAACUUAAUGUGUUUGAACUUGAAUUCAUAUAUUGUUGCUCCAUGCACAUAGUUCAUAUCUUGAUUUGAUUCCUGCUUUUAAUGGACUGUUCUUUGGCUGUUUGUUGUUAAAGGGACACAUUUUGAUCAUGCUUUAAAAGCCAAGACUCCCAUUAAGAGAUUUUUUAGAUUUGUACAAACCUGCUGGGUAAAAUUUGGGUUGGACAAAUAUAGAUUUAACAUGUCGGAGCAUCUUUUAUCAACAGAAUUAAUUUUGAAGAAGACGUUAAAGAAGCUGCUCACUGAAAAAUGGAAGCAGAACCUUCAAAAUAAUGAGCAGGAUGUACUGAUAAAAGGGUAUAGUUUGGAGUGUUUAAUAAAGGAUUUAUGAAAAACUUCCAGCCUUUUCACACUUGUGACUAAUCACAAUUUACUGCGUAUGUGAAAGUUAUUGCAUUAUAGCAGAUGAAGUAUUUCUACCUGCUUUUGUAACUGUUCUUUAAUUUUCACAUUCUUAGACGUUAAUGUAUAAACUAUUUCAUUCUGAUCACACACUAGCCUCUACAUCUGCUGUCUGCACAAAGCUGUUUCCCCCCUUUGGUUUUUUCUCCCUCUCAUAAUAAAACUGGACAUUUCUUCUGAGGGAUAACAGUCAAAAAGGUGAACCAGACUUCUGCAUGAAUUUUCCUCUCCUGUUUAUGUAUUUACAUCGCAGUGAAUGUUUAUGUGGGCAACCAUGUUGGAUAUGGUGACCGGAUCUCAUGUUCCCUUUUUUUACUUUUGUAUUCAGAGCUGCAUCUGCAUUUCCACUGAUUACACAAUCAUGUCAGUAACAUUAACUGAUUAAACUAUAAUUAAAACAAGACAAGACCCAUGAUCACAGAUAUUUAAGGAACAUGCAUGUUCUGUCAUAAUUUCCUUAUUUUCUACCAACUGGCCCAUAAUGACAACAUACAUAAUCUUGAUUAGCCUAAUUAACUUAAGGAACGUUAUUUACAACAUGGUUUUAUCAAUGGCCCGGGGUAAACAAAUAAUUACAGUAAGCAGUUCACUCAGUAAGGGCCAAAACUAUGAAUAAUUAUUAUAUUCAUGAAGGUCUUUUGAAGAAUCUCUUUGUCGUUUGUGCAGCUGCUAAUCUCUGUGAAGUGUCCUGUCUCAUACACAAGGACUGUCAUAACUGAGGACUCUCAUACACAAGGACUAUCGUACACAAGGACUUGCAAACAUAAGGACUCUCGUACACAAGGACUUUCAUAUAGGAGGAUUCAUACAAGAAGACUCUAGUACACAAGAAAUGUCGUACGCAAGGACUCCUGUACAUGCGGACUCCCAAACACAAGGACACUUGACCACGAGGGUUCUUGUACAAGAAGAUUGUCAUACAUGAGAAGUCUUGUACAUGAAGACUCUCAAACACAAUAUAUGUGUGUGUGUGUGUGUGUGUGUGUAUAUGUAUGUCUGUAUAUAUGUAUACAUAUAUACAUAUAUGUAUGUAUGUGUAUAUAUAUAUAUAUAUAUAUAUAUGUGUUUAUAUAUGUGUAUAUAUGUAUAUUUUUAUAUAUAUAUAUAUAUAGAGAGAGAGCGAGAGAGUUUAUAUAUUUAUUUUUUCUUCCAGUUUUUGACACACUGCACAGCUCAAAACUAUCAUGUUAUUGUACUUUUUUACUCUGCAGGAAGGUAAGCUGGAGGCAGAGGAGUUUACAGAGCAGCUUUAUCAGGAAUUGAAGACAACCCCUCAGCCCUGCCUGCUGCCUUUUCUAAAGGUGAUGAGACUCAAAUGUAUGUUCAUGUUACAGCCUCUAAUGACCCCCAGACCCCGUAAGGGGAUCAGAUUUUAAAACUCUUGAUAAUAACUCGGAACCUGGAAAAUGAACAUCACUUGCCAGGCUUUUAUCAGCUAAAUGUCUUUACUGAGAGUGAUUUGAUGGUAAACAAAGACAACUCACCUGCUAAAGUCAGGUCAGCUGUGCUUUACACUCAUGUGGCCACUUAAAAUAAUAACCAGGUUUUGAACCCACACUUAUAGUGUUAUGUUUAAAUGAUUUUAAUUACAAACAGCUGAUCAAAUGCUAAAUGUCUUUCCACCUGUCCUCUUAUUGAUUCCAGAAAUGUUUUCCAGCAGUGAGGUGCCUCACUUCAGACCCACAGUUAUUUAUUCAACAAGCUUCAACCUGCAUCAGUAAACCCAGCACUGCAUCGUCCACCAUUAAACAGUCCAGCACUGAAAAUGAAAACACAAACAAGAACAGCAAGCAGGUAAAUAUGUGUGGACGUAAUGCACAGUGUGGUGAAUGCAUAACUCUGAAGUAAACAAAGAACUGUCAUCAUAAAAAGAUGUCAGGAAAAGUGGAAGUGCAGCAGUGAAUGGAGAGAGAUGAGACAACUAUGAGCCAAGCUAGUACAAAUUCAUACAUUUGUUUUGGAUGACUUGUCCCCUGCUAAAGCUGUCCCGUGAAAUGUCCCCGAUUUUAGUGUUUCAUGAAUGAAAAAAAAAAUGUUACAUGUAGACUAACAAUGGUUAUUAUGUUAGCCGGGCACGUAGGAAGCACGAGUGAGCAUGUGGCGCACAGCCCUGAACAACAGUUAUAAAGGGGGAGGCUACCAAGUAGUAGCAAGAUGUAGUCUGUGAUCACAUAGCUGAUGAGCUCCGGAUACAAGUUUCAGGCAGAAAUUAAAUGCAGAACUAAAUGACAGGAGUGAUAAGACUGAUCCAGUAAAUAUGAAUGUUUGAUCUCUUACUUUGUCAAUAAGCAUUAAGGUAAAGUACAGUCAUUGCCUUCUAUACGAGAGAACUUAUGUGGGCUUUACUUUGUUUAUCAUUAUUUUUUUUCCCCUCAAAUUGAGUCAGAUGUUCAAGUGGGGGAUAUUUCCACUUUUAGUUAGUGUGUCGUAAAGGACAUUUUGACCAAAGUAACAGCAAAAAGGCCCUCUGACUCAGGGAUUCAGAGGCUGGCCCUCCGAGCCCACUCAACACCCAGGCUCAAGCAGAGUCGUAGAAAUGACCUCACUUAAGGAAGUUCUCUUUUUAUAUUUUUUUAAGGUUGUUUAUGUAAACUCUAGAAAUGAGACGUUGAAUGUUAUUUAUUGUUCUAGUAGCAGAAGGGGUUUCCAUGAUAAGAGGAGCUGGAAAAGACAAAAGGUAAUCCAUGUAGUUUAAAUGAUAGCCAAGAUCACCUUGUAUAAUAUUAAUGGAAUACUUCAUCCAACAAAGAGAUCUAAGAUUUGAUCAAAGUGAAGAAAGGACAAGGUGGAAGUUGUGUUUUUACAAGAGACUCACCUAACACAGCUUGAACACAAAAAGCUUAAAAGAUUUGGAUUGAGAUUGAGGUGUUUCCAUCAGUCCUGUGGGAUGCUUGCAAGGCGGUAUUGAGAGGAAAAAUAAUUGUAAAAAUUGCAUGUUUACAUCAGAUGAAACAGGAGAAACUUAAGGGUCUAUAUUCUGAGUUAAAAGAAUUGGGAAGAAAAUAUCAGAAAAGUAUGUGGGAGGGGUUGAUUAGAGACAGUGGUGGAAUGAAAGGGGAGGUAAAUAAGAUCCAGGGACAAUAGAUCCAAAAAAGUUAGUGUUUUUUUCGACAGAUAUUAUGGAGCUGGGGUAAAUCAGCAAACCCCCUGGUUUACAGGCUUAAAAAAAUAUGCAAAUAGUUGUGUAUGCAAAAUGAGAGAUCCCCAUACUAAUGUGGCAGUAUUUAAACCAAUAGACAUUCAGAAAAGCUUUGAAACAUAAAACAGAAGACUAUAUGAACAACCAGCAAUUAAUAACAAAGUUCAUAUCGAUGCUUGUUUCAGUCCCUAAAUUUGCCAAAAGUUAAUGAGGAACAAAACAAAGUAUUAAUAGCAAAUAUAACAACAGAGGAAAUAAAAUUGGCAAUAUCAAAAUUAAAAGUCAUCAAGUGCCCUGGGACUGAUGGGUAUGCGUCAGAGUGGUAAAAACCACUUUGAGCUUUUCUGAUUCCUCUGCAAAAAACUUUUAAGUGGGGACUGAGGAAGGGGGAAAUCCCGUGCAAUAACAUCAAACACAUUUAAUAUUAUCGCAAACCCAAGACUAGGAAAGAAUGAUAUGAGACAGCACAAAUUACCACCUUAAACUUGAUGAUCCAGAUAACUGAAGCGCGCUGUGACUCUGCUAUGACUCCAGUAAAACUCGUAGAUUUAUUUAAUUGUAAACAAUUACAUAAACACAAAUGCAGAAUUUUUUCAGAUGAACUGUGGACAAACUUUAAAAAUUAAAGUUGUAUUUAUGUAAUAAUUUUGUUGAUUAAAAAGUGGGGUAAAUCUUGCAAAAUACCAGCACACCUUCCACAGUAUUGCAGCUGCGUAGCUGCUAGAUCGCCCAGGUCCUGCAGUACAUAAGCAGGCAGCUGUGUGUAUUUCACCUGGAGCUGACACUCAAACCCAGGCAUGGUGAUGUGGGACAGUGAGACUCUGACUUACCUCUACAUCUGCUUUUAAGCAUUUAAGAUAGCGUCCAACCUCUUUUAACGAAACACAACCGACCAUGUUACUAUGAAAGUAAUCUAUAAAAGUAAACCUCAGCCUCUCUGUCCACAACAAUGGAGCUAACAAAAUAGCCAAAUAUGCUAGUAUACGUUACUUGGCGCCAUUUCUUAUAUCAGGACAAACUACUGUUACCCCUGAGAGCACUAUAUGGUACACACACCCGUAGAAAACUCCUGUGUUCUUUUAAUACAUCAUUACAUGAUAACUUCACAGUUUCACAUCAGAUGUAUGGGACUCCAGCACCAAGGGUAAUGAUAACACAAACAUGUCAGAUUUAAGUCCUGAAGACUUUGGAUGGUAAUACUUCAUAAAGGAUUACAGAAGCAUAGAGUCUGAUGUAUUUCAGAAAGUCCAAAAGGACCCAAGGACUGUAAAGCUGAAGGUCUAAGGGGAGUGGUCUAGCAGAGUUGUGACCAUAAAUACUGCAGUUUUCUGCUUCGAGAUAAAAUGAUUAUAAAUCAUGAUGUUAUUUACAGCCUAUCAUCAAUUAUAAGGUCCAAGCUGAAGCUGUAUAUUAAGCUGUAUACGUGUACGAUAUAUGAUUCAUUGUAUCCUAAUGGGUGCUUUCUCCUGACCCAGUUGUUUCCCCUGAAUUGUAGACUAUUGACAUCAUUACUGUUGUCAUCUUUAAUACCUGAUCAUCUGAAAAACCUUCAUUUAUGCUCAUACUGUGUAGAGCAGUGUUCCCUCACUCAGCUCCUUUAUCAGCUUAGGCUGGUCUUAUGUUGUACCUCUAAGACCAUAGUGACUUGGUUAUAAACUAAGUAGCUUUAAUUAGUCAGUUUGCCUUUAAUCUAAAAUGUGUUUAAGAUUAUGUUAGUGAAAUGAAACGUUGUCAGGGGUGAAGCUGUAGAAAACCUCUGUGACUGUUUUUAACAUGCAGAUUAUCCAGCAAUUUAAAGGAGCCACAGCAAGACCUGGGUUUGACAUGUUAGCCCAGUCCAGAAACUACUUAUCUAAGACCAGCAGGCCCACCCCCAAACACACAGUGGUCCUGUCAGGAAAGCACUUUGGAGGUAAUAAUUCUGAUUGUUUAACUUUUUUCAUCUGACAGGUUGAUUCUGAUUCUUGGUAUCACAAUUCAGUUAGUUCAGAUAUUCACAAUUGUUUACAUCCCAGUGCAUGGAGAAUAGGAAAGCUCAAAAAAACAGUUUUUGAUGUCAAAGUAAAGUAUUUGUCACAUGAAGGUCAUACAAACAAGAAGGAGCAAACUGAAUAGGCUGACACAUGUUAUUGAAGUCAUUAAACAAGGCAUAAAAGCAGGAAUCCAGCUUGAGUUAUGAAGCUGUCUUUAUAAUGAAUGCACAAGAAACAAACUGCCUCCUAACCCCAACUAGAUACCUUAGAUGACCCAUCAGUUACCCAAAGUCCUCCCUUCCCAUCCCACGGGAUGACACAGUAAAUCUGCUAUGACUCAAUUGUUACAUUCAACACAGCUGUGCACGAGCCUGCACAGCUUCACUGAGGAAUUGAGUGUUUUAACAAUGAACACAGCUGUGUGUGAAAAGCUGUUUUGUAUCAAACAUCUUAGUCAAACCAUAAUUGAUCUUUAGCACCUGUUUAAAUCACAAAAAAGUUUUUGACCCAACCCCAAGAAAUGCAAAAGUGCAAGAAGAUUUGCUACACUACACAGAAUCCAGAAACUGUGCUUAUUUUCAGAUACUCAGGCAGAACUCGUUUUUUUAUUGAGAGUGUAUUCAAAGGCCUUUUGAUCAGAUGGUGGCUCAAUAUUUAGCCAGACAAAGAGGGUGUUGACAGGCUGAGUGAUGUUCACAAACUGAGCAUAUUAAGUUUAUAUGACCAAACUUCAUCCAUGAACUCAGACUUAAAAGUUUACUUUAUGGUUAACCCUGUUGGUCUCUCUCUUCUACAAAAACCUUCCCAGUGAAGCAGCUGUUCAUGCAGGACUCAUCUUUUCACACAAAAUCUGCAACGAAGGAGACUUCUGAAUCUUACAAGUAACUCAAACAUGUCUUUGUACUUGUAAAUUGCACAAUUUAGCAUAUUUUAACAGAGUUUGCUGGCAGUAUAAAGCUGGUUAAUCUGCAUGAGCAUUUGUCUGUUUGUGGAUGGGGUGAUGUCCUCCAGAGAAGAUGAUGACAUCAAUGACGUCACCUCCAUGGCUGGAAUCAACUUGGGGGAGGAGCACGCAAAGAUCUUGACCACCAUGGUUGGCUCUGUUGUGAAGUCCUGCCAGGAUCAGCCCUUCCUCUCUCCAAACCUUCUGCACAGCCGAAUCCUUCAUAUAGGUACAAGAUCCCUGCUGAGGGAGGGCUCAGCUGACCACAUGAAUACUGUGUUGCAUGAAGGACUUCUGGUGAUUAAAUGUGGUUGUAGCACAGUAUUGCAUAUGCUUUCACAGUUUUCUUCAUCUUAUCUGUUUAAACUUUGAUAGGCCAUAGUGUUUUCAUCUCGAUGUGAUACAACUACUAAUAGUUUUAUGUGUCCCAUAUUAGGACAGGAACUUGGAGUAACUGAGGUUGGACCAGACGUUGUAGCUCUGGUUUCUCAUGCUGCAGAGGAGUUCAUCCAUGGACUCCUGAACAAGCUCACUGAGGUAGCACAACACCACAAGGCAGCCCUGAAGGUAAAGCAGUCAAACCCAGUGACCAAGCAGUAGUUCAUAAUCACACAGGGUCAAAAAAAUUGUGGACGCUGUGUAAAACAUGAAUAACAAAAGAACACAGUGAUUUUCAAACCCUCUUCAACUAAAGUCAACUGAUUUCUCUACAAAGAUAAUUAAUCUUAGUCCAGAGAAAUCUCUGCACAUAAACUGCAAGGCCUAAAAUCAACACUGAAUCACUGUGAUCUUUGACCUUUGUCCUUAGGGGGGACUGCAUUAAAACCCUGCAUAAUUCUGUAAAGGAUUUUAUAAUGUGGGCUCAGGGGGACUUGAGAAAACCAUUGUCAGUUAACACAGUUGGUCUCUACAUCAACAAGUUGAAACUCUACCAUGCAAAGACAAAGACAAAUAUCAACAACAGACAGAAACAACGCUGACUUCUCUGGACCCGAAUUCAUCUGAGGUGGACUGACCCAAGGUGGAAAAGUGUUCUGUGGUCUGUCAAAUCCUUAUUUAAAACAGUUAUUGAAAAUUAUGGACAAGGGGUUCUCUGGACUAAAGAGGAAAAGGACCAUCCAGACGGUCCUCAGGUCAAAGGUCAAAGCCAGCAUCUCUGAUGGUCUGGGGGUGUGUUAGUGUCCAUGGCUAACUGUCACAUCUGUUAGGGCUCCAUUAAUGCUGAGAGGUACAUACAGGUUUAGGGGCAACAUCUGCUGCCUUUAGAGCCCCGUCUUUUUCAGGGAUGUCCUUAUUUAUUUCAGCAAGACAAUGCCAACACACAUUCUGCACAGCGUGGCUUCAGAGUCAAAGAGUCCAGACCUGUCCACCAUUGAAUCUAUUUGGAGCAUUAUGAAGCCCAAAAUACCACAACAGAGACCUCAGACUGUAGAUCAGCUGAUGUGGUCCAUGAGUCAAGACUGUGAAAGAAUUCACCUCCAGAACUUGAAAAGUCAGUGUCCUCAUUUCACAAAGGCUUACUGAGUGUUGUUAAAGGGGACCUGCCAUCAAAAUUUCAUACCCAUUUUUAUCACUUUUUCAUAAUCCUGUCCUCUUAUCAUGUUUGCAACAUAAUUUUAGCUGAAAAGUUAUUUGAUGGUUUGUUUUUAGUAUGCCUAAAAAACCUUACAGGAAAACCAACUGAUUUUGGCUCAUUAACAUUUAUUGUAAUGAGCUUUGCUCUGAUUGGAUCGCUGCUGUGAAGCCUGAUGUGCUCUGAUUGGCUCAGCAGUGGAGGUUCGGAUUUCGGUUUAUCCGUUUUGCUAAUGUGUGCUAAAGUAAGGUGCCCAGAUGUCUGUAAUGAUAUCCGGGGAUAUUCGGUGCGGCGGCGGGGAGGGUGCAGGGGCUGCAGGGGCUGUGUGGUCACAGACAACAUCUCGGUACUAUUUAGUAGCAGCGCAUGCCCCUUGUAAUAACCCCCGUAAGAACUGUUGUUCAGGACUGCUUACUUGUGCUUCCUACCCAUUCGGCUACUGUAAUAACCGUUGUUCGAGCCCACAAGCAACAUUUUUGCUCUCAUUCACGAAACGCUUAAAUCGGGGACAUUUUCGGGGACAGCUUUUGCCGGGGACAGGUCAUCCAAUUCGGGGACUGUCCCCGGAAAUCGGGGAUGUCUGGUCACCUUAUGCUAAAGGCUAAAAAUGGCAGGUAUUAAACCAUAUAUUUUAGACCCCGAGUCCGAAGAGGAGGUGGAAGUUGAAGAAGAAGCCAGAGAUCUCCAGUGGUGUUUUCAUUCAUUCUGCCCAGCUUUAAGUUCAUUUUCCCGGCAGUGAACCCAAGGAAACACUGGUCGUUUGGAAGAGACCCAUAGCGGAUACAGUGGUAGCUGGGUCUCGCUCUGGCUGGAUGUUGACUGUGACUGGGUACGAGAACGAGAAAGUGGGCGCGGCUCACCGAGGACGCGCUUGUGAAUAAUAAUGAGCAAGGUCAGCGCGACGUCAGAGGGACCUGCUUUUUCAAUUGGCCUGGUUUACCCGUUCCUUUAUUUUAAACCUUUACAGAAUGCAAACGAUGUAACGGUUUGUUUUCACAUUUACAACAUAAGACGAACAUAAUAUGGACCUAAUCUGACACAAAAACACACAAAAUUACAUUUUUGAUGGCAGGUCCCCUUUAAAGGAAAGGUGAUGUAACACAGAGAGAUACAUGACCCUGAACCAGUUUUUUGGGGGUGAGUUACAGCAUCAAAUUCAAAAUGAGUGAAAAAAACAUUCAAGUUCAUCAGUUUGACCAUUAAAUAUCUUUGUAGGAGUCAGUAGUUUUCGGUGGCAUGCUAAUAUUUAAUAUUGUUCAGAACAGUGAUGGAGGUAUUGUUCUCCUCCAAAGUCUCUGCUUGAUAAGCUAACAACACUUUGACAGCGUUCAGCGAGCAGACUGAUUGUGCUGCGUAUUUGUACAUACGCUGAUACACCCCCACUGCUGUACACUCUGUUUUUCUGGGAAGGAGAUUUGCGACACUGCUGAGACAGAUCAGUGGUUCUGGUGAAGGUGGUAGGCCACUGAGGGCUCCAUCCCCGGGGGUUCGGCCAGCCCUAGCUCCGCCAUGCCGUGUACCUCUAGCUUGGAGUAGCCCUGUGUGGUUACCUUGCUCUUGAACUGGCUCAACCAGAACCAACUUAUCUCGGCCAUGCAGGAUGGCACUGCCGGGAGCAGCUGCUUGGCUGGAGGGCAGGUCUGAGGAAGCCUUUUCCCAUUGCAAAGGUCCCUUGACACCCCCUCUGUGUCCUGAGCCGCAGGCCAGGGGACGUUCAGUUUAGCUGCUGUUCGUUUGCAAACUUUUUAAAGGUUGUCGUCCAAAGGUUGUUGAGCCGGGGGUCUGGAAUGAGUGGAGAAUUCCUCCUCUCCUUCUUCCAUGUCAUCCAUAUCAAAGAUGUCAGAGCUGAUAUCACUGUCUACAUCAUCGUCUUUCUCCUGCCAAAGACAUCUUUUGAACAGUGGGGGUAUGGGAUCAAACUAAUCCAUCAUGUCUGCCCAGCUACACGCAGCUUGCGGCUGAUGGGACCCAAGGGCCUUAAUGGUUGCUGAUAAGGUGAGGGAUGGACCACCACUCCUAAUCUCCUCUCCAGAAUUUUAGCCGGCAUGGUAGCGCAAUGAGCACAGACCUAUGAGUCUGCUAGUGACGCCUUAGCAUGCUUAGCUCCCAUGCACACAAUGCACAUCGGGUGGGGGUCUCUGCCUGAAAUCAUUGCCCCACAUGACGUAGGACAACAGCGGGGAGAGCCCUUUACCUCCUUCUGCCCAGUUCAGCUGUGACAGGAGCUGUGGGGGCAGACAUGUUCACUAGGGGGGAUUGUGGAAGGGGUUAGCCUAGUUUUUUAAUUGGGGUAUACAGUCAGUGUGAGCCUAACAAUAAAACCUAUCGUAUAACAACUCGCCUCUACGCGUUAGCUGUGCUCCAAGCAAAGGCUGCUAACAAGCUAAAGUUAGCUCCUAGUCGAGCAAAAGUGAAUGUAGCCCGAAGCUAGCACAGGACGCCGGGUAGGUGAGCACCUGUUGCUGCCAGGAAGCUCGCCACAGCGUGGUUGCAAUCCCACCAAAUUACCGUCAGUACAGUUCAGCGUCUGUCAGUGCCGCACUAGGCAACGUUUCCUUUGACGGGACAUCUGGUAGCUGUCAAGCUACCAACCAACUUGACAACUGGCUGUACUGAGGGAGCUCUCGUAAUUUCCCAGAGGAAGAAAGCAAGAACGGCCCGGACGGGGUGGCCGAGGGUGAUAUAUAGACUGCUUCCUACUGCUUCCUACUCUUGACUGCUUCCUACUCCACACCUCAAAGACAAAAGAAAUGAUCAUAGACUUCCACAGAUCCAAACCCCCUCUUCAGCCAGAGAACACCUGUGGUGUGGACAUCAAAGUGGUGACAUAGGUGUACAUCUGGAUAAUAAGUUGGACUGGUCUAAGAACACAGACUUCUUCUACAGAAAAGGGAAGAGCCACCUCUUUAGCCUAAGAAGACUACAAUCAAUAGCAGGGUUUCCUCUACAUUCAUUCAGCAGUGGUGCACAUUGCUGCUGAAUUACAUGCGCUGCUACUGAAAUUUCACUUGAUUAUUAAUAUCAACGCACCACUUAUAAUUUGUACUCGCACUGUGUGAGCACAACCACACACAACGUUAUUUUCGACUUGUUUUGGGUCAUCAACAAGCGUACCUGUUGGACCCUCUUCCAUUAAUGUGAAGGGUAACUUUCAAGCUUAUACACGGUCCAUACAGCGUGUAGCAUGGGUAACAUAACGUAAGGUGAACGUAACAGCAUUGCUCCUUGAGCGGCAAGAGAGUGGGGGUAACAAUGAAAACCCCCACACACACACACCACCACUAGUCUGUGGUGUCUACAGUGUUCUGUUCUGUGCUGCAGUCUGCUGGGGAGGUAGUAUCAAACACAAAGAUGUAAGAGGUCUGAACAAACUGGUGAAAAAAGCUGUCUCUGUGGUUGGAUUCAAGUUGGACUCACUGGAGGAUAUGCUGGAGAGAUGUACUCUGAGGAAGGUGGAGACUAUUCUAAAGAUUAUGGAUCAUCCAGUUCAUAACACCUUGAUGGAACAAAGGGCAAAUGGUGGUGGAUGGCUCCUCCCACUUCGGUGCAGGACAGAAAAAUUCAAAAGUUCUUUUGUACCCACAGCCAUCAGACUCUACAACUUGACUGUAAAUAAUAGAUGACAUAAAACAUGAGAACCCAGACAAUCAAAUUUCCCUUCAGGGAGUAAUAAAGUUCUUCUUAUCUUAUCUUACUACCAAUAUGAAGUACUCUGCCAUAGACUUGACUAUAGACAGUGUUCUGUUGGGUGUAAGAUGUUUGGACCUGACCACUAGAGGUUCAAAUCUGGACAUAUUUUUGGCUGGAUAGCUUUGAUAAAGAACCAUCUUUACAGAUACAUGCCACUCUGAAGUGGGUGCACACUGCAAACACAGCAGGUGUAGCCAGUCAUACACAGAAAUAUUUGUUACAGCGCCAUGGCUUUACAACAAGGCAGGGAGUAAAUGUUUGCAGAGUGCACUCACUGACUGAGUGUAAGAAUCACCACAUCUCUUGGAAAAAAUAUAAGUAUGAAGCCUUUGAACCACAAUAAGCUACAAGUCAGUGGCCCUUUCAUAGAUUUUGAUCCCAAAAACCCGGUUGUCUGAGCUACCUUCCUUCAGGCUAGCUCAUGAAGAAUACUUCACAAAUGGCUAAGUGUCAGGACAGCAGAGGUGCAGGAGGAAGACGUUUCAGCUACACUUAACCCAGAAAAACUUAACACUGUUUUUUUUUUUUUUUUAUUUUAUUAUAUGACAAUUUUGGUACAAAUACUGACCCUUCCUCUAGGAUUUACUGCAUCUGCAGAUCUGCAGCUGUUACUUUCAGACCCUGCAUUAUUUCUAUUUUUCUAUGCUAAAUUUUAUCUCAGUACGUUUGUGUGUUUGUGCAACAGGAAGACAUGCAGCAUGCCAAAGUAAGUGAUGUCCGCUCUCAGCUUCGCUUUGUAGAGGAAGUGGAGAAUUUAAAGAAUAAGAAGAAGGAUGAAGAGGAGAGGGAAAGACUGCUGCAUUUGUCCAGAGUAUGCUCAUAUUCAUUCACUGUAAUUUCAUACUUUGUUUGGAUUCAUAACCCAUGCCUUUAUUUGACAAACGAAUGCUAAUGACUGCGUGGAAAAACCUGCUGUUCCUGACCAGAGCCAUUCACAAAGUGAGGAUCCACAGCAGCAGCAGCUGAAGCAAAGAGCCAAAGAGGUAAGAAAAAACCAGAGCCAAAACAAAAGCUGUGGUUAGAUACCGGUGUCAGCUGACUGAGUAUAUAAAUACUUGUUUAUUAUCACAGUGAUACCAGAAAAAAGCAGAAAAUUCUGUGUUUGUAUUUGUGGUUUUUUUUUUGUGAUCUCCAACAUUGUCCACAGUAACUAAUCGUUAUUUAUGAUAAUUUCACGGUAUUUAUGUGAGACCUAACCCUGGCAUGAAUGCUGCAGCCAUAACCUGGCCUGACCCUGCUUACCGUCCGAGAUCGGACAAGAUCAGGUGUGUUAAGAGUGGUACGGCAAACCCUCCCUUUAAAGCGGAACAUGUGCACUGCCCCUCCCCUGAAACAGCUUCUGCCUUCACUAUCAUGAACUCAUGGUGGUGUGCAGGUGACAGGAGGUGAGAAGCACAUGGGGGCCAUCAUGAUCAGAUAUUCUAAUUCUUGAGAUCCAGUUCUUCAUCCAAAGGCCAACUGGACUUGCUUGAGGUUAUUAAAGGCAAAACAUCUUUGAGAACCUCAAACAGAUGUAGUUGGCUGAUGAAUGAAAUUGGAUUACCAUGACGUGGAAGAAUGAGAACCGACACAGACCUAAUUCCAGGUGACUUAUCUGACUGGCAUCUUGGGUUUUGCAACUUGGGAGGUCAAACAGUACCAGUUGGGAAGACUGCACAUACUAUGGACAACUUGGUUCCGCCUUCUGUAAUUAUAUGAAUUUGAAGCCGAAUUGCUCUCUGUAUUUCUGGGAUUUCUUCCACUUCCUGGAACCACCACUUGCUCAGUAGCGUUGUACACAUUCGGCGUGAGAGUCGCUGUGAUGAUGCUUGGCUCAAACAGCAUAUCCCUGGAUGAUCGAUGCACUCUUCUUAGGCCCUGUAUCAAGUGUCAGUCACAGAAAACAUGAACCCCUUAAUAACUUUCAGCUCACUUGUUUACCAGUUGAUCCAUAAAUUCCUCAGGAACAUGGUGUUGGAGCUCCUUGAAUCCUUGUUAGUUUUCAUGCUAGUUGCUCCUUUAUUUUUGCUAAAGAAAGUAGAAUAUAUAUGUAUGUAUAUUUAUUCAUUUAUUUUUUUGCUGGUGAGGCAAAAAGAGGAGUUUGAGCAAAGAAAGGCUUCCAUAGGAGUUUGGUUAUUCAUGGAGGCGGUAACUCUUCCCAGGGCCUGUUUUCUGUCUCAGGCUUCUCGUAGCUCCCAGCCGUGAUGUUGCGGGAGGUUUCUCCCCAGGAAAAUGAAUUAACUAUUUAUAUAAACUGUCACUACCACCCCCACACACACUCUCAAACAGUGCACCCCACAUGCACUUCACUAAGCCUCUACAUACACUUGGACAAACACUGCAGAGUAGGUGUGGAGCCAGUUUUAUGUGUUUUAGGUCGAUGUUGUCUGUCCAACUUCUUCCUUUAAAAUGCAGUAAUGACAAUAACAUUUUGAAAAGUAUUACAGAUAACUUAUCUGCCAAGCAAGAAGGUUUUAGCUAUCACUUUGAAAGAAAUGACUUAAUCCUGAACAGCCUUGAAUUCUGAAAUAAAUGAAAUCAGCUGAGCAGAGCAGCAGAUUGGAGCAGCUGGUAUGUGGAACAGCUUUUUCAAUCUGAUAUUAGCAAACCAGAAAUGUAAUGAGAUCAGUUAAUGAAAAAAUUAGAGUGUUUUUGUUAAAGUCAAAAGAUUUGUGUAAAAAAAAAAACGGGAAAAUCUACAUUCAUUGGUGAAAGGCAAGUUGGUAGCUUCUCCAACCAAAAGGUGAGUCACAAGUUAGACCAGGAUCAGAUCCAUAUAAACAGAAACUUUCUGUCAGUUGUGGUUUCACAUCUUCUGAGAAAAGGCUGACUUUAUAUCUGCAGUGUAGAGGAUUGAAAACUUUACCACUGUUUUUCAUAAUUUGUCAGUUAUGUUUUCUUAUUGACUCUAUUAGGUAGGAUGUCCAACCCCCCAAAGACUCCUUAAUGCUGCCAGCUAAUCCUUUACAUCUUUUCAGUUACAAAAAAUGGAAGAAGCACAGCUGCAGCAAAGAGAAGCAAAUCUCACCGCCCAGGCUGCCAUCGGGCCAUACAGGAAAAGACAUCUGGAGCAGAAUGAAAACCAGGUUAGUCUGUGGGGGAUCUCAUCUCUGUGUUCAUAUCUGAAGAGCAUCUGUUUCUAUCAGUGAAACUUGUACAUAAUAAUAAUUCACAUUCAAGUAUUUACUGUAAACUUCUGAGAGGCUUUUAAAUGGAGAGGAAGUAUUUCCUCGAUAGGUAGGAGAAGAGUGGAACAAGCAGAAUAUUCAGGAUUGAUCAAUACUCCUGUUAAAAUCAUAUUUUCAUUUUGCAUGUUGUUAAAACAUGAACAAAUAUAUUAUACAAGGACAUGUACAUCACUUUCACCCCAGCCUUUCAGAGGAAUGGACCUCAUCUUGACUUCUGAGAGACUGGGUCUUUCUGGAGUCCAUUUUCGUAUCUGUCAUGGGGGACAGGAUUAGUUGGAUGAUGUUCCUCCAGGUGUUUUUUCAGGAUUUUAAAUUUUUUCUGUGCUUUGUUCAAACUCUUUUGAAAUGUCGAUAGCCCUCUUAAAAUGAGCAAUUGAUUUCCAGUCAUUCAGUCAACACUUUAUUUCUCGCCUCUGCAUUAUUUUCAUUUGAAUACCUUACAAUGAUAAUGUUUUAAACAGCAUCCGAGCUCUGAAGGAAACAGGCUUGUACUUGUUAUAGCAUCUGCUUGUAAUCUGAGUUUUAUUUUGGGUGACACACAAAAAUGGUGAAGUGCUGAAAAAACAAUUACACUGCUGAGAAAAAUAAAGGGAACACACAAUCAUCACAACGUAACUCAGAGACGACCGCACUUCUGCGGUAUCGACCUUUCCAAUUAGGAAAUAUGAUGACUGUGAAUGAGUUUCACCUGCUGUGGUGUAACUGGGACAGACUACAGGUGUACAGGUGAGGCAGUUACUAAGACAACCCUUAUUAAGAAGUGGAUUUACGGGUAGUGGCCACAGAGCUCUUCCCUCUCUUCAUCCCUUCGGUGUGAUUCUCCGAAAGCUCUGCAUUUUUCCGGCAACCUCACCAUUAAUGGAGGUGGAAUCUACAGCCCACAGAAGUUGCUUAGGUAGUGGCCAGGACUGCUGUGUGUCCCAGAACAGUGUCAUGAGCAUGGAGGAGAUACCAGGAGUCAGGCCAGUACAACAGGAGAGGUGGAGAAGGCUUUGGGAGGGCAAAAACCCAGCAGCAGGACAGCUAUCGACUCCUUUUAACAAGGAGGUAAGGGAGAAGCACUGCCAGAGCACCACAACAUGACCUCCAGCAGACCGAUCAUUACUAGGUCUGUAAUGGGAAACCUGGGUUGAGGCAGUAUUGGAAUCAGUUCCAGAAAGGUUCUAAACAGUUUUGUCUCGGUUCUUCAAAUGGAUCAAUAAGAAAAGCUGGAGCUUUGGGUGAAUCUCUGUCGACUGUUUAACCAAGAGUUUGUUCUUAAAGGAUUUUUUUUAUCCUGUGUCCCGGAUAAGGAACCUUUUCUGGGAGUGUGUGAGUUUCUCCACAGGGUUGUUUUCUGCAACACUGGUACCAGAAUUAGAUCUUCAGGCCCACUGUCAGACCAUUAGCUGGUGCAAUGGGCCCUGGGUUCCUUCUGGUCAAUGACAGUACCCGGCCUCAUUUGGAACUGGAGUGUGUCAGACUCAGCAGCUGCUGGAUAAUGAAGGCAUCAAUGCCGACACGUUCUCUAAACCUGAUUCCAGUUGAGCACCUCUUGGUCACCAUGUAUUGCUGCAUCUACCACCCCCUUGUUGCACCGCAGACUGUCAGAAAAGACCAUAGGUUGUCUCAUUAGGAUCAUGCCCAGACCUUGUUGAGGCAAUACACACUACUGAGCCACAGUACGAGUGGUCUUGGGAAACUGAGAGCAGCUGGAUCACCCUGUGUUCUCACUUUUCCCUUUGAGUCUGAUUCUGGAUCCAGUCCUCAGUGGGUUCAUGGUUUCAUUGGAUCGGGCUGAUAUUAUUUUGUUCUCACAAUGUAAUUAAUACAGAUUUUCAACUGGGAUAUUUCAUCCAGUGAAAUCCGGGAUGUGUGGUUAAAGUGUUGCUUUUGUAUUUUUGAGCAGUUGCUGUGGCUCAAGUAUGGAUGUACAUCAUCACAUAUCUGAAUAUUCAGUAACAACCCAGCUGCUGACAUAACUGCAGUCAUGUGCACCAAGUUGUUAAUUGAAAUAGGAACUACUACCAGUGCACUAUCAAAGAUGUCUGUCCACAUUGUAAUGAGUUGUGUGGAUAUACAGUAUAUACUAUAUUAUGGAAACAUGGCUUCUGCCUCCCAUCAGACAAUGGCUGAUGUUCUGAGAUAAUCUCAAAGAUAUCUACUUACACCAAAGAUAAAAAUACAAUAAAAGAAGUCCAGCACCGACUGUAAAGCCCAAUCUAUCGGUGGAAAGCUCGAGAUGGCAGUAUGUGUUUUAGGCCGCUCUCUCCUUGGCUAAUGCAGACACACAGGGAGCUUGCAGCUUCAUGCAGGUUUGAGACUGUUAGUUUAGCUCAUUGAGUCUUAAAUUCUCUGUGUGUUUUUAGUCCAGGCCCUGCAGGCUGUAGGUUUAGAGAUGAGGACGUUGUUAACUGCACACACUUCCCCCUGCCUUUGAACUCCAUUACCCAGCAGAGCUGACUGCUUCCUACUUUUUCUCUCUUUCAUCUCACAGCCACAGGGCUUCCUUUACAUCCUCGCAGUUAUACCUCAGCUGGCGACUAUGGAACUAUAAUAGUGAGAGUGUUUGAGGUCAAAACUGGUCUGUACACCUGUCUUAGGACUGCUUUAAUGCACAGACUUUGUUGUAGUACUUUUCCAAUACCACACCGACAAGAAAAACUAGACAAGAAUCAAUGUUCGAGGCCAUAAUACUGAACUUGACUCAAAAGGUUAGGGUGGGAUGUGAACGGUUGGUUCUCAGGACUGACUCUUUCUGACUUGUGGAUUUAGACCAUAGAUUGCAUAUACUAUGGACAACUUGGCUCCGCCUUCCGUCAUUAUAUGAAUUUGAAGCCAAAUUGCUCUUGGUAUUUCUGGGAUUUUCUGCACUUCCUGGAACCACCACUUGCGCAGUAGCAUUGUACGCAUUUCACCACUUCAGGCCCAAAGACUCCACAUCCUGUAGUUUUAGAAGACUGUUUUCUUGAUGUUUCUUAAGGCUGAUGUAAAAGUUCUGGUCAAAACUGUAGCUUUUCCUUCAGAGAAGGUUUUGCCCAGAACUGUAUCAGAACAGUUUUACCACACGUCUGUGCUGCAAGGCUCUCUAUGUUGACAAAGACAGUCUAAGAAAUCCCCAAACUUGUUGAUUGAGUCAUGAUCAAGGACUGUAUAUACCAUGGACAACUUGGCUCCUCCUCCCGUCAUUAUACGAAUUUGAAGCCAAAUUGCUCUCUGUAUUUCCGUGAUUUUUUCCACUUCCUGGAACCACCACUUGCACAGUAGCAUUAUACGCAUUUGGUGGGAGAGUCACUGUGAUGAUGCUCGGCUCAAACAGUGUAUCCCCCCGGAUGAGCGAUACAAUCUUUCUGUGCCCAUAGGCUGUGUCAAGUGUCAAUCCAGGGAGGAGGCAGACGGUGUCCAUUCUACAUACAGCCCAUGAUUUAGAUAUUGUGAAGGUCCAGCCGUAAAGGGAGUCUCAUUGAAGAAGGGCACUUUGUCCUGAGUGCUUAUGUUAACUGAAACAUGUUUCACUCUGUAAGAAGAACGUCCUCACUGCUGAUUGGUUUCAUUGUGUUUUAAGUGUUCAGGAUUGUUUUUGAUCGGAAAUGAUCAAAUUAAUUAUCAUUCAGCUGAUACCUCAGAAAAACUCUAUUGAAGAUCAUGUGACACAUUUACUGGUAUAAGGAAAUUAUUGUUUGUCAGCACAGAAAACUUGUGACUUGGAUUUUUUAUAAAGUAAUUCACAGAUUUCCUUAUUUUUGCAUCAGGUGACUCUGCCCCCCAAAAAGAGAGUGACGCGGGUCAUGCUGAGAGAUCUGUUGGCUUGUAUGGAGCAGGACCCCUAUCUGCGGCACUCUCUUACACUGUACAAAGCCAUGCUCUGA